AUGAACCCACCCCAGGGAAAUGAAAGACAACCCAAAGCCAUUAAGCAGCGGGUGUACCGGAGAAGGGAAGGAGAUGAUUUCGACGAGCUCCGCGAUACUGUCAAACAAUUGGAUGACUAUCAACCCGAGACUCGGCGCGAAAUUUUGCUGGAAGCGACUCGAUUGUUGAAGAAGCUCAGGGAUGAAAAUGCUGCUUUAAGACGUCAAGUGUCCAUGAUGUCACCUACACCAGGAAGCGGGGGAAACAGUUUUGGUUCCCCAGGCCAUCCACUCCCUCACGGCGAUCCCCAUGGAUUGCGAGGGGGGACUUUGGCGGCUAGUCAGGGGUUCUCCCGUACUAACAACGCGCAGGCUCCUGGAACGUCUCAGAGUCACGCAUCAAAUGCAUUGCUACUCUCCGACAGUAGUAUGCCUGAGGUCGACCGGUUAUUGCGUCUCCUCGACGGAGACUUCCAACGCCUCAGUGACGACUUCGCGUAUGACAGGAAUUAA